UGCGAAGUUUGCAAAGAAAUCCUCGAAACUUCCUCCUUCCCCACCCGAAAAACAACAACACGCUGUCAGCACGGCCCACACACAUGUAAAGACUGCAUGCAGAAAUGGAUUUCCGAGUGUGUGGAGAACAAGGGUUGGGCGAAGUGCGUGUGUCCUGAGUGUGGAGAGGGCAUGGGCUGGGAGGAUGUAAGGAGUUUUUCGAGCGUGGAGGGGUUUAAGAGAUAUGCGACAUUAGCGCUACGAGAUACGCUAUCGAAGAUUGAGGGAUUCCACUGGUGUAUGAAUCCGAAUGGCUGUCCAUCUGGCCAAAUCCAACCGCCAGAUAACGCGGUCUUCACAUGCGUCUCCUGCGCGCAUGUAUAUUGUGUAAACCACCCCACAACCCCUUACCAUGCGGGAGAAACGUGUUCGCAAUUCGAAGCGCGCAUCUCCGUCUCUUCCUCCACCUCUCAAUCACCAACGCUCCUCCGCCGCACUGAAGAAAAGGUCGGGGAACGCACAGUCCGGGAAAUUGGCAAGCGAUGUCCAAACUCAAUAUGUGGUUAUUGGAUUGAGAAAGUGGAGGGAUGCGAUCAUAUG